AUGGGAGACUGGUCCAUUCUUGGCCGCUUCCUAACGGAGGUGCAGAACCACUCCACGGUGAUCGGCAAGAUCUGGCUGACCAUGCUGCUUAUAUUCCGCAUCCUACUGGUGACCCUGGUAGGGGACGCGGUGUACAGCGAUGAGCAGUCUAAGUUCACCUGCAACACCCUGCAGCCUGGUUGCAACAACGUCUGCUAUGACACCUUCGCACCUGUCUCACACCUGCGCUUCUGGGUCUUCCAGAUCGUACUAGUCUCCACACCGUCCAUCUUCUACGUUGUCUACGUGUUGCACAAGAUCGCCAAGGAUGAGAAGUUAGAGAUUGAGAAGAUCCAGGUGGUCACCAAACACCCUCCUGCAUGUGAAAGGCUCAAACAUGUGGGGUUGGAGGGUGGGGAAGCCGUGGGGGCCAGCAGCCCCUCCUUCAACCCCCACUAUGAGGAGGAGUGGGGCGCCCGGGAAGGGGAGUGUGUGGAGCAAAGCCUGCUGGAGGAGGACUUGAGGGAGGUGGGGGAGGACCCCACAGAGCUGUCCAGCCAGGUACUACUGACCUACAUCAUCCACGUGGUGCUGCGCUCUAUCAUGGAGAUAGCCUUCCUGGUGGGCCAGUACUACUUGUUUGGCUUUGAAGUGCCUCACCUGUUCCGCUGUGAGACCUACCCCUGUCCCAACCGGACUGACUGCUUCGUGUCUCGUGCCACGGAAAAGACCAUCUUCCUCAACUUCAUGUUCAGCAUCAGCCUGGGAUGCUUCAUCCUGAAUAUUGUGGAGCUGCACUACCUGGGCUGGGUCUAUAUUUUCCAUGUGUUGUGCUCGGCCUGCUCCACAUGUUGCGAGCCAGAGAGGGACCCUGUGGAACGCGUGAACCUGUAUCACAACCACAACCCUCUGCUGCUGCAGCUCAAACACUCCCUACGAGGCAGGGUGGUCCUGCAGACCCCCCCUCCCAUGUCCCAGGAGAAGAGCAGUGGCAUCUUGUCAACCCACACCCCUGCCAUCUCCUUUGAGACGGACUCCACAGUAGAGUGCACCUCCAAGAGGAGCCCAGAUGAGAAAGAACGCACUAAGGCCAAACUGGUCAACAUGUCCAAAACAGGCAGAGGCAAGAAGUCCUGGCUGUGA